AUGUGGAUGAAAACCCGCCCAAGUAACCAAGACCUGCACCACUACAACACCCGUCAUGGUUCCAAAUUUGCCCUACCAGUUCACCAAACCACUCUUUGGGAGGAAAAAAAACCUUCCUACACCGGCCGCAAACUGACGAACCAUCUACCUGACUACCUGAGAGACCUGACUGGCAACAAGCUACAACAGGAGUUAAAAUGGUGGGUCCUCACGGAAGAUGUGUUCUUUCAACAUUCCCCACAAGUAAGCAUCCGGUGUUGUAAGAUCGGGGGAGUGGGCUGGGUAAGGAAAGUUUGUUCUAAGGGAGAUGAGACGGUUGCCAAAGGUUUGUCGGAGGAGAGCAAUGUUGUUAACGGCAGUUUGACUGGUUGCGCCAUCCUGCUGGAACCACUAAGAAGCAACCGCUGUCGCAAAGCAGCUAAUUUGGCAUCUAGUCAUGCUAGUGAGAGGUUUAUGCUGUACUCCGUUGUUGAUCCUGAUCUUGCACCGAGCGACUUCCACUUAUUCCCAACAAUGAAGAAGUUGCUGGCUAUGCAGCGUUUUGAUGACGACGCACAGUUACAAGAAGAGGUAACCAAGUGGUUGAAGGCGCAGGCGGCCGAAUUCUACGACGAAGGAAUUUCUAAGCUUGUCCGUCUUACAACAAAUGCCUUGAAAGGGUACUAUGUUAAAAAGAAGUAUUUAAAUGUGGCUUUCAUUUAUUCUGUUACUGUUAAUAACGGACAGGUACAAAUACCUGAGAAUAUUGGAAGUAAUAAAGAAAAAACCAUAAAUAUUUUCAGAUCGUUCUGGCUGGUUUUGUUUCUCCUAAGUAUUGCCGGCAGUGCCUACAUGAUCCGGAAAGUUUGGCAGAAAUGGCAAGAUUCCCCUGUCAUUGUGUCGUUUUCCGAAUCCUGGACGCCAGUUUGGCAAAUCCCUUUCCCUGCUGUUACAAUCUGCAGCGAGGCAAAGUCAAAAAACAAAGUUUACAACAUAACCGAAGCAAUUUAUAAGAACAUGACCGAUCCUGAUGAACAAAAGAUACUUGACGCUGUCUCACUUGUAUGUGACAACCAUGUAAACUGGAACUCUCCAAAUAUGUUCAUUGAUGAAAAUGGAAUCAACCAUAUCACCAGGGUAUCUCCCAGUUUGGAUGAUGUGCUGUUUCUUUGCCGAUGGAAGCUAGGGGCUCCCGUAAACUGUGCAGAACUUUUUGUGCCCGUUAUGACCGAAGAGGGGCAGUGUUUUUCUUUUAAUAUCCUGCACAAUUUAGAUUCCUAUAGAGAAAACUUGAUUCAAUACAGGGACUUACCUGUUGAUCAGAAGUUAGAAAAAUAUUGGAACCUUGGAGAUGGUUAUGAUAUUCGUGCUCCUUUAGAUGUGUAUCCAAAACGGGCUUUGGGUGCUGGUGCGAAAUCUGGGCUUUUCAUUGUCCUCCGCACUUACACAUGGGAUCUUGACUACUACUGUAGAGGCCCCGUGCAAGGCUAUAAGAUAAAACUACACAACCCAGCCGAGAUACCUCAGAUUGGAGAGAGUUACUUCCGAGUUCCCUUGGACAGUGAGAUAGUUCUCUCUGUAAAAGCUAACAUGAUGACCACCAGUGAAUCAUUGUUGAAUUACAGCCCAAACAAACGACAAUGUUUCUUUCCAUUUGAACGAUACCUGAAAUACUUUAAAGUCUACACUCAGAACAACUGCCAAUUGGAGUGCUUGACUAAUUACACAUUGCAUCAGUGUAAUUGUGUUAAAUUUUACAUGCCUCGUUCUGCAAAUACCCAAAUUUGUGGCGCUGGGCAGAAAAACUGCACUAUCAAUGCUCUUGAUAGCUUAAACAUCCAGCAAAUAACAGAGGCAAUGCAUGAACUUGAUUUUGAAGGAAAAUGCAAUUGCCUUCCUUCCUGUACUUCAAUUCUAUACGACGCAGAGACUUCUCAGGCCCCCUUUGAUUAUAAAGCAGUUUUUGGAGCUUAUAAAGAAAAUGAAACUGAUCCUGAAAUUGUCGGGGUAAGACUAUCACGGGUGUCAAUAUAUUUUAAAGAAUCACAAUUCAUUACAAGUCGAAGGAGAGAACUGAUUGGAUAUGCAGAUUUUUUAAGCCAGUGUGGUGGACUUCUAGGUUUGUUCAGUGGUUUCAGCAUCAUGAGUUUGGUAGAGAUCAUCUACUAUGUAACCUUGCGUCUGUGGUAUAACAGAAACUCUCUUUAA